GGGCUUCAGCAAGGCCUUAUCUUGUGGCUUUGUUCCUAAUCCCAGACGAUUGGCUGAGGUGACAUCCAAGUCCCAGCAUCGCCACUCAUUUCGCAGCAGCAUGCGCUCCUCCUCUUCAUUGCUACUGCGCAGACCACUUGGUUCCUGUCUUCAAACGGAGCUCGCUUCGAACACAAGACUCUCCAUGCGACUGCCGAUGAUGAGACUUACUCCCCGCAUAUUCAUUUCCAUCACGAUGAUCUAAGCUUGAGUUGGACCCAAGCACGAGCGUCCGAUCCACUCCCACUGUCAAUCGACCUAGGCCCGCCCGCUCCCUCGCGCUGACGGAUGGCAUGAGCAGUCACAAAAUGGAGGACAAGAAAACAUGGAGUCCUGAGUCGUCGUCAAACCCUUCCGCCUACGAGGGCGACAUGGGGAAUGUGCGACGUCCGUUCACACGCCGUCUCACCGAGUCCUUCAGGCGAGAUCCCCACGCAAGUGUCACCCGGUCGGCUUCAUUCAGUGCUGCCGAUGGGAAGGGAUAUGACGCUGAAGCGGCAGCUCAGGCGACAGCAAUGUCACCGUUGCUGAGGCGGCUGAAGGGACGCCAUCUACAAAUGAUUGCAAUAGGCGGGAGUAUUGGCACUGGUCUUUUCGUGGGCAGUGGGAAAGCGCUGGCUUACGGCGGGCCAGCCUCUUUGUUGUUAUCAUUUGCUUUGACGGGGUGCAUGUUAUAUUGCACUGUACAGGCGCUGGGAGAACUCGCUGUGCUCUUCCCCGUGGCUGGUUCGUUCGCUUCGUACUCGACGAGGUUUCUGGACCCUGCUUGGGGGUUCGCCAUGGGCUGGAACUAUGCCCUGAACUGGCUGACGGUGUUACCCUUGGAGAUUGUGAGCGCUUCAAUCACGGUGGAUUACUGGGUAUGGGUCAUGCCGGGCGGCGAUCGAUAUUUGGUUGACGGAGACGAGCAGGUUCAAAAUAUUUCUCUUAACGCUGCCUGGGUUACAAUGUUUCUGGUGCUGAUUGUUCUGAUCAACUUCUUUGGUGUCAAAGGAUACGGGGAAGCAGAAUUUGUCUUUGCGAUCGUCAAGGUUACAGCUGUGAUCGGAUACAUUCUGCUAGGAGUGCUCAUCAAUGUCAUGGGCGGCGUCGACAGCCAUGGAAACCCCGAUGCGAGUUACAUGGGCUUCCGCCUGUGGCACCAUCCAGGGGCAUUCCAUAACGGCUUCAAGGGGCUAUGUAGCACUUUUGUGACAGCGGCAUUUGCUUUCGCGGGAACCGAGCUGGUUGGUCUAGCUGCAGCAGAAACGGAAAACCCCAGGAAAGCGCUACCUACUGCUAUCAAACAGGUAUUCUGGCGUAUCACGCUCUUCUAUGUUGUCAGCUUGCUUCUCGUAGGCACGCUCGUACCCUACACCGAUCCCCGACUGCUAAAUGGCAGAAACAGCGCUGAUGCAAAAGCCUCCCCAUUCGUCAUUUCAAUCCAAAAUGCCGGCAUCGAAGUCCUCCCAUCCGUUAUGAAUGUCGUCAUCAUGAUAUCUGUCCUCUCCGUCGGAAAUUCUUCGAUCUACGGCUCCUCGCGCACCCUUGCCGCUCUGGCAGAACAAUGUCAAGCACCCGCCUUUCUCGCCUACAUUGACCGCAAGGGCCGUCCCCUGUAUGCAAUCAUCGUCGCCUCGGUGUUGGGCCUCCUGGCGUACCUGGCGGCGACUCAGAAGCAGCAGGACGCAUUCAACUGGAUGCUCGCGCUCUCGGGCCUCAGCUCGAUCUUUACAUGGAGUUCGAUCUGCCUGGCGCACAUCCGCUUCCGUCACGCCUGGACGCUGCAGGGCCACUCGCUGGACGAACUGGCGUUCCGCUCGCCCGUGGGCAUCAUCGGGUCCUGGGUCGGGCUCGUCUUCAACAUGCUCGUCCUGAUCGCGCAGUUCUGGACCGGCUUCGCCCCCGUGGGCUGGCAGCAGAUGUCCGUCUCCGACCGCGUGGUCAACUUCUUCCAGGCAUACCUGGCCGCGCCCGUGGUCGUGCUGAUGUACAUCGGCUACAAGCUCUACAUGAAGACCGAGAUCCUGCGGGCCAGGGACAUGGACCUGUUCACGGGCAAGCGCGAGUUCAACGUCCGCGUGCUGGUGCAGGAGGAGCGGGCGGACCGGAAGAGAUGGCCCCGCUGGAAGAAACUGUACAAGUUUCUCUGCUGAGACUUUUACUCUCUGCCUCUUGGUUUUGGGAAGGCUGUUUGGGUGCUUGCUUGGUUAUGAUGUGCCUGACUGAGUAUUCGGAUCUAAAAUGAAGGAGUUUAUUAUGAGGUUAUGCCGAGGGAUAUUCCAGGUGCUUUUCACGAUGAUGCGUUGGUGUACAAGUAUGUCUCGUCUUAGCAGGCGCGUUCUUCCAUUUCUCCUAUCUCGGCACUCUCCUUGUGGGCAUAUAUACCAACAUUCUUACAGAAGGAUGUGGAGAAGAACACAGAAGAUGUCAAAGUGAAAAGCAUGUACCAUUGUUGAAGAUUUGGUAAAGUACUGUGCAGCCAACUCGUCAGCUAUUGGAAGAGAACCCUGCUUGAUCGGUAUUUGUACUCCCGCUGCUUGUCCCAUCUUGCCUUUGUCAGAUUAUGUCGUUCGACGUCGUACAGCAGUGACAUGAUGUAUAUGUUUUGAUUCGUGGACCGGUCUCAUUCCUUCGGAAAUUUCGUGCGCUUAUGUACCUGGG